ACAGAACAUUAAUUAUAGCGGUAGAAUAUGCUGGAAUUCCGGUAUUUUGCCUUUGUUUACAUGGCCUAGACGGAUUUCCAGCCUCUGUUCUGCUCUUGUCAGACAUUGAUUCGAGGCUGGUCCUUGAAUUUUGGGAGGCGCCCGUUUGCUUGGGAGCCUUUCUUUCCCUUCUCGAGCAUCGGAAUCCCGAGUUCGCGAUUCGUUUAGAAGGGAAAGAAAGCAAACUUUUGAGGCCAAGUUGAAAUAUUUCUGAUCAUAUACAUCUGAAAUUGGAGAAAUGAGCGUCGUUUCGGGAGUCAUCUCGCGGCAGGUUUUGCCUGCCUGCGGUAGUCUUUGUUUCUUUUGCCCGGCGAUGCGGGCCAGGUCUAGACAGCCUGUCAAGAGGUACAAGAAGCUCAUUGCCGACAUUUUUCCUCGUAAUCAGGAGGAAGGACCUAAUGAUCGGAAGAUAGGAAAACUGUGCGAGUAUGCAGCUAAAAAUCCUUUGCGCAUCCCAAAGAUUACAAAUUCUCUUGAGCAAAGGUGUUACAAGGAAUUGAGAAAUGAGAAUUUUCAAUGCGUAAAAAUUGUCAUGUGCAUUUACAGGAAGUUGUUGGUUUCUUGCAAGGAACAAAUGCCUCUGUUUGCAAGUAGCUUACUAAGCGUUAUGCACACUCUCCUGGAUCAAACUCGGCAAGAUGAAAUGCGAAUUAUAGGAUGCCAGACUCUUUAUGAUUUUUUAAAUAAUCAGAGCGAUGGAACUUAUAUGUUUAACUUAGAAGGCUUUAUUCCAAAACUGUGUCAAUUAGCUCAAGAAGUGGGGGAGGAUGAAAGGGAACAAAGUCUACGUUCAGCUGGGCUCCAAGCCCUUUCUUCAAUGGUUUGGUUUAUGGGUGAAUACUCUCACAUCUCGGUCGAGUUUGAUAAUCUUGUUUCAGUGGUAUUGGAAAACUAUGGAGCUCCCAAUAAAAAGUCAGAGAACAUGGACCCUGACAAGCAAUGUCACCAGAGUCGUUGGGUGCAAGAGGUGCUAAAAAAUGAGGGUCAUGUCUCUUCUUCACCAGAUGUCUCAAUGAGGCUUCCUUCUUGGCAGGCAAUUUUGAAUGAUAAAGGCGAAGUAAAUGUGACAUUGGAAGAUGCCCAGAACCCUUGCUUUUGGUCCAAGGUCAGCCUGUAUAACAUGGCAAAGCUAGCCAAGGAGGCUACAACCAUACGGCGUGUUAUUGAAUCCUUAUUCCGUUACUUUGAUAAUGGGAAUUUAUGGUCACCUGAACAUGGUCUUGCCUUCCCAGUCCUAAAAGAUAUGCAGUUUUUAAUGGAUACUUCUGGGCAAAAUACACAUUCCUUGCUUUCCAUAUUAAUUAAGCAUCUUGAUCACAGAAAUGUCCUUAAACAACCCAGUGUUCAGCUUGACAUUGUUCGGGUUACCACCUCCCUUGUUCAAGACGCAAAGAUCGAGCCUUCUGUGGCAAUACUUGGUGCAUUAAGUGAUGUCAUGAGGCAUUUGCGGAAGAGCAUACACUGCUCCCUUGAUGAUGCAGAUCUGGGAGCUGACGUCAUAAGAUGGAAUAAAAGUUUUAGGGAAGCAGUGGAUGACUGCCUUGUACAGUUAUCACAUAAGGUUGGAGAGGCAGGCCCAAUUCUUGGUGUUAUGGCCGUGAUGUUGGAGAACAUCUCAACUAUAACAGUUAUAGCCAGAACUACAAUUUCAGCUGUUUAUCGUACUGCUCAAAUUGUAGCCUCCUUGCCCAAUUUGUCAUAUCAAAAUAAGGCUUUCCCGGAGGCUUUGUUUCAUCAGUUACUCCCAGCUAUGGUGCAUCCAGAUCAUGAAACAAGAAUUGGAGCUCAUCGUGUUUUUUCUGUUGUUCUUGUGCCGUCUUCAUUUUUCCCUCGUCCCUCCUCACCUAUUCCUGAGUCAAAUAAGGCCUCUGAUCUUCCACGGACGCUGUCAAGAACUGUCUCUGUCUUUUCUUCUUCAGCUGCUCUUUUUGAGAAGCUAAAGAAGGAAAAAAUUUCUUCAAGGGAAAGUUUUUCUUUGGAUAGCAAAGAAAAUGGUGCCAAUGAAGAGGAUCCAAGAAAUACUGAUAACGGGAUGCUGAAUAGAUUGAAGUCAUCCUACACUAGGGUAUAUAGCAUGAAAAAUGCCGCUGCACCUAUGACAACUGAUGGAAAUUCUGUGAGCUAUUUAAAUAAAGAAACAGAGGCUAAUUUCCUCAGGCUGAGUAGCCGACAGAUUACUCUGUUGCUUUCAUCAAUUUGGGCUCAGUCCAUCUCACCUGAAAAUACACCUGAUAACUAUGAAGCAAUUGCUCAUACAUACAGUCUGGUAUUGCUGUUCUCUCGAGCCAAGAAUUCCAGUAAUGAGGUUCUAGUUCGAAGUUUUCAGCUAGCAUUUUCUUUGCGAAACAUUUCUCUUGAUGAAGGAGGGCCACUGCCACCUUCACGUCGCAGAUCACUCUUUACCUUGGCAACGUCGAUGAUUCUCUUUUCGGCAAAAGCAUACAAUAUUUAUCCUCUAGUUCAUAGCGCCAAGGCAGCACUUUUAGAUAAAAUGGUUGAUCCAUUCCUAUAUUUAGUGGAAGAUCAUAAGUUACAGGCUGUUAAAACUGGAUCCGACCAUCCCGCAAAUGUUUAUGGAUCAAAAGAAGAUGAUGGUUCAGCUUUGAAAUCUCUUUCAGAAAUAGAGUUCAUCGAAGACCAGACUAGGGAGUCCUUUGCUUCUGAGAUUCUGAAGAGCUUGGAAAAUUUGUCAGAAUCUGAACUGUCCAUUAUAAGGGAGAAGCUACUCGAUGAAUUCUUACCUGAUGAUAUGUGUCCGCUAGGACGCCAGUUGUGCAUGGGUAGUCCGCAUAAAAUACAUCAGGUUGAUUCGAAGAUCAAUGAAUCUCUUACGAAGGUUACUCCAAUUUUUUCAAUAGAAGAUGAUUCAUUUGCAGAAUCAUUUGAAAUUCAAACUCAAUAUGAUUCAGAGUUGGCCAGAGACAUCCCCAAUCUUUUGAGUGUCAAUCAACUUCUAGAAUCAGUCUUGGAGACAGCGCAUCAAGUUGGACGAAUUUCUGUCUGUACUACACCUGAUGUGCCUUACAGGGAAAUGGCUGGUAAUUGUGAGGCACUACUCAUGGGAAAGCAGCAGAAGAUGUCUCAUGUGAUGAUUGCCCAACAGAAACAGGAAAGUAGGAUGAGCUUCACUUUAGAAAAUCAUGAGCUUGAGGUGAAGAAAAUGGCAAGCUAUCCCCUUCUUGAUUUGGGUUUUCAUGGGGCUGGCAAUCCUUUCAUUGACCAAAACUUCAUUGAUGAUUCAUCCCAACCAUUUCCGAGCCCUGUUCCAAUGCCAUGUGCGACAGAGUACCAACAACAUCCCCACUCCUUCAGACUACCAGCAUCGAGUCCAUACGACAACUUUCUAAAAGCGGCCGGCUGUUGACCGUCUAGAAGUAUAAAUACACCUUUCGCGGGAUGGAUGAGAAAGUAUCAACACUCAUGAGCUCAUGAUCCUAAAGCUCAAAGGCUCCCAAGCUUCUUGGCAUGUUGCAGAGUGAUUGAUGAUUUUGUUACGUUUCAUAUUCUUUCAUUCUUUUCCACUCCUUUUUACACAUGAACACAUUCAGGAAGAGGUCUUCUUGUUUGCUCCCCCUUGUUGUGAGGAGUUUCAAAGCUACGGUUCAGAGUUUCCCAUUCCAAGUUGAAUUGUUAUAAUGUGAAAAAGAAUAUUAAUGUGUUGUAGUGGAGGUGUAUGUAAACUUCAGGCUUGAUCAUGGAUUAUAAUAUUAUAUAGUUCGGG